UUGUAUUCUAAAUCGACGGUGUAGAACCCACGAGCGAGAGUAACCUGCGGUGAUGACACACGCUGUCUGGGGCUAUAAAGGGCACGAGAAGAUAUUGUUGAAGUCGCCAAAGUGAAAGAUUUUCAAGCUAACUGUUAAUAGUUGAAGAGAAGCUGAAGAGGAAAAGAAAUGGCUGAGCAAGAAGUGAAGAAGGUAGAAACUGAGACGCCGGUGACUCCAGCUCCGGUGGAAACUAAAAGCGAUGUGGCGGAUGAGAAAGCUAUAGUUCCACCACCUCCAGCAGCUGAAGAGAAAGAGAAGGUAGCCGAUGAAUUAAAAGCUCUUGCUGUUGUUGAAAAGACAGAACCUGCUCCGAAAAAGAUUUCAGGUGGAUCAAUUGACAGAGAUAUAGCUCUUGCUGACCUUGAAAAAGAAAAGAGACUGUCCUUUAUCAAGGCAUGGGAAGACAGCGAGAAAACUAAAGCGGAAAACAAGUCUCAGAAAAAGCUCUCUGCUGUUGUUGCAUGGGAGAACAGCAAAAAGGCAGCUCUGGAAGCCACACUAAGAAAGAUGGAGGAAAAAUUGGAGAAACAAAAGGCAGAAUACGCAGAGAAAAUGAAAAACAAGGUUGCUUUGAUUCAUAAAGAUGCUGAAGAACAGAGGGCCAUGGUUGAAGCCAAACGUGGCGAAGAAUUCUUAAAAGCAGAGGAGAUGGCAGCGAAAUAUCGUGCUACUGGGCAAACCCCGAAGAAGCUUCUUGGUUGCUUCUGAAGCAGAGCAACUUUAGGAGCCUAGCAUGGAAGCAGCAAGUUGAAUCAUCAGUCGUCCUCUGCAUAUAGUGUUUGUAAUUCCUUUUUUCAUCUUAAUGCUUUUCAUGUUUGUUUUUUUCCACAUAGUUUUAUGUCUUAUUUCAUAAAACAUCAGAAAAUUUAAAUAUUCAGUGUGUUUAUGUAAAGGAAUACAAUAUUUGAUCUAUGAGAAAAAAGUUUUAACAUGUUUGUAAA